GCGUGGCCGGCCGGCUCAGGGUGCGGGCGGCGAGCGGCCGGCGGGAGGCGCUGGGCUGCGGGCCCGGCAUGGUGCGGCGCUGAGCGGCCAGGAUGGGGCGGCGGCUGCUGCGGGCGCUUCUCUGCCUCCUGCUCGUGGCCGGCCGCCUGCUGCGGGCCGGGGGCGCCGGGCCCCACGGCUGCCUGUUCGACAGGAGACUCUGCUCCCAGCAGGAGGUCUGUGUGCAGGAUGGCUUGUUUGGGCAGUGCCAGGAGAGCGUGGCCCGCGACAGGCCCUACUUCCAGGUCACCUCGCCGGUGCUCCAGCGCCUGCAGGACGUGUUGCGCCGCCUCACGGCACAAGGGUUGUCGUGGCAGGAUGACAUCACACAGUACGUGAUCUCCCAGGAGAUGGAGCAAAUUCCCAGGCUGCGUCCGCCCCCUGCACGGGAACCAGUGGCCAAGGAGAGGUUCUCACCGCUGCAUGCCGCUCCCCGGACGGCCCUGUUCCCGCCAGAGCUCAGUCAGUUGGGUAGCACCCUGCAGAUGGCUCCGCGCCCACUGCCAGCCAGUGCCAAGAAGUCCCCGCGCCUGGAACCGCAGCCCCCGCUGCCCCCCGCCCUGCUGCAGCGAUACCUGGAGCUUCUGCUGCUGGGCCCCCCGCCUGAGCUGGGCUAUGAGGAAGGCCUGCUGCACCCCUAUUCGUACCACAAGUUUGGCUACCAGGAUGGUGCACGGCAGCUGAACCCUAUCCGGGGCAAUUCGGCCAGGCAGAGCCCUGAGCCCCCCGCUCUCCUUGGCAGGGCCCCUGCCCAGGCCUCCCAAGCCCUCUUUGGGGCCAGCACCAUCCCUUCCUAUGGGGGGCAGCCAGGGCUGGACGGGGGGCAUCUCUUCCAGGACCUGGGCAUGCUCUACCUGCCGAGAGAGAAGGCGAGCCGGUUGGCCCCUGCCAGCAUGAAGGCCCAGCACGGCCAGGGGCUCCCCCCGGACUACGCCGAGCCCGACGAAGAGAACAGACAGCAGCAGCCCGCCCUGGGUCCCCAGGUGCAGUCAGAUGCAGCCCUGCAGAGACUUGUGGCGGUGCUGGCCGACUACGGGGUGGGGCUGCAGGACCUGAGUCCCCAGCAGCUCGGCAGCCUCUCCGCCCUGCUGCAGCUGCUCCAGCGCCCCGGUGGGUUUGGCCAGGAGGUUCCGGAGGCCAAGCGGGUGACGGAAGGGGAAAUGCAGCACGGGGAGGAGCCGGAGCCGCCCCCGUCCACGGUGCCUCCCCCUGAGAAUCCAGCCAGUGCCGCCUCCCGGACGGAGGGGCCGAGACGGGAGGAGGUGGCUGGCCCGGCACGGGGCAGUGCCAGGCCUACGUCGGCGUCCCAGGCUGAACCGCAGGCCCCGGGGCAGGCUGCGCCCAGGGACCCCGCCGCAGGGGACGUGCUCCAUCUCCCAGUGGAGAAGAAGAGCUACACGGAGCCCAGGGGCCAUGGCGGGAAGGGGGAGCAGCCGGAGCCCCGGCCCGCUGAGGAGUACGGCUACAUCGUCACUGACCAGAAGCCGCUGGGCCUCGCUGUCGGCGUCCGGCUGCUGGAGAUCCUGGCUGAGCGCGUCCACCUGUCCACGGCCACAUUCAUCAACAUCAGUGUCGUGGGCCCAGCUCUCACCUUCCGGAUCCGGCAGAACCAUCAGAACUUGUCGCUGGCGGAUGUGACCAAUCAGGCCGCGAUGGUGAAGUCGGAGCUGGAGGCCGAGCUGGGGCUCAAGAUUGUGCAGAUGGGCGUGGGGCAGCGCAAUGAGGCCACCCCGUACCCGCACCCCUCGCACUUCGGCGACACCUUCCACUCCGUGCUGCUCACCUUCCUGGCCCUGGCCUGCGUGGCGGGCGUGGUCAUCGCCGCCGCCAUCGUCUUCUGCCUGCGCCAGCACGCCAAGCAGCGCGAGAAGGACCGGCUGGCGGCCCUGGGGCCCGAGGGCACCGGGGACAGCACCUUCGAGUACCAGGAGCUGUGCCGGCAGCACAUGGCCGCCAAGUCGCUCUUCGGCCGCGCGGACGCCCCCCCGGCCCCGGCUGAGAACUCCCGGGUCAGCAGCGUCUCAUCCCAGUUCAGCGACGCCCCCCAGGCCAGCCCCAGCUCCCACAGCAGCACGCCGUCCUGGUGCGAGGAGCCGGUGCAGUCCAACAUGGACAUCUCCACCGGCCACAUGAUCCUGGCCUACAUGGAAGACCACCUGAGGAACCGCGACCGUCUGGCCAAGGAGUGGCAGGCACUGUGCGCCUACCAGGCUGAGCCCAGCGUCUGCACUGCCGCCCAGAGCGAAGCCAACCUGAAGAAGAACCGCAACCCCGACUACGUGCCCUACGACCACGCGCGGAUCAAGUUGAAGGCCGAGAGCAACCCAUCCCGCAGUGACUUCAUCAACGCCAGCCCUAUCAUUGAGCACGACCCACGGAUGCCGGCCUACAUCGCCACGCAGGGGCCCCUCUCGCACACCAUCGCCGACUUCUGGCAAAUGGUGUGGGAGAACGGCUGCACGGUGAUCGUCAUGCUGAGCCCGCUGGUGGAGGACAGCGUCAAGCAGUGCGAUCGCUACUGGCCCGACGAAGGCUCCUCCCUCUACCACAUCUACGAGGUGAACCUGGUCUCGGAGCACAUCUGGUGCGAGGACUUCCUGGUGCGCAGUUUCUAUCUGAAGAACGUGCAGUCGCAGGAGACCCGCACUCUGACCCAGUUCCACUUCCUGAGCUGGCCAGCAGAGGGCAUCCCCACCACCACCCGCCCCCUCCUGGACUUCCGCAGGAAGGUCAACAAGUGCUACCGGGGUCGCUCCUGCCCUGUUAUCGUGCACUGCAGUGACGGGGCAGGCAGGACCGGGACCUACAUCCUCAUCGACAUGGUACUAAACCGAAUGGCCAAAGGAGUGAAGGAGAUUGACAUCGCCGCCACGCUGGAGCACGUCCGUGAUCAGAGGCCCGGCAUGGUGCAGACUAAGGACCAGUUUGAGUUUGCGCUGACGGCCGUGGCAGAGGAGGUCAAUGCUAUCCUGAAGGCGCUGCCCCAGUGAGCCGGUCGCCUCGCCUUCAGCCCCGUCGCGCCCGCCUCCUCCCGGGCGCUGCCCCAUGUGCUUCGAGCGCCCGCCCGCUGGGGUCGCUCGCCCCUGUAACGUCGUGUCUGUGAUGCUGGUCGUCUACCCUCGCCCCAGUGUGCUGCCCGGCCCGCUGGGGGAUGGGGGGCUGCACCAACUGCCCUGAGAGGUUAAGAUGGGACUGUGCUGCCCCUCCAUCUGCCCCUGCAUGCCCAGUGCCUGCCUGCCUCCUGUCUACAGGUGCCCACGCACAGCCCCUGCCCCGGGCUCCUCCUGUGUGUGUGUCUAGUCACACUGCCCCCGCACAGCCCCACGGGUACCCAGGCCUUGCCCAUGGCCAGGGAAGGUCUGACCCAGCAUGGGGUGGUUCUGAGCUCUGCCAGGAGCCUGCACCCGCUGGGCAGGACGGGUCUUGGAGCAGCCCCUGUCCUUGCUUCUCCUGCCCCCCGGAGCUCUGCUGCUCCGUGCCCCCCCCCACCUGUCUCAUUCCCUGGGGAUGGACCCUUCCCCCCACACUUCCUGGGGCAAGAGGUGACACAGUUGGAGCAAUCCUUGCCCAGCCAAGCGCACCCUCGGGGGUGGCAGCCUGGCUGGGGAACCCUCCCCCCACGUGGGUCAAUCAUCGUCAAUCGAGCAGAAGAGAAAUUUCUAGAGAAAUAUAAUUUUGUAUCUUGAUGUGAAUAAAGUUCUCGUGUCGCAUUUGUGCAGCUGCA